AUGGAGCUGGCUUGGAAUACCCUGUUUGUUGUUCUUCUGUGCAAUUUUCCCUGCUGGGCAGUGGACUGGGAAUCUACCUGGAAUUUCAUUUUAGCUGCUGGCCCUCUUCCCAGUGACUUGAUUCAGGACUUAGAUCAUGCAUUAAGUGAGCAGGGGUCUAACCUCGUAGCACACAGCCCAGAUGCUCCCAUCUGCAGCCAGCCGGUGAUCGCUGCCUCAUCCGAGUAUUUUGCCAGCCUUUAUGCCAGUGGGGUGACCCACUAUAAAAUCUUUCUUCCUUGGGCACAACUUCUCCCAACAGGAAGCUCCCGGGAGCCGGACAGGAUCACAGUGCAGUGCUACAGAAGACUUCUUGAGGUGCUCAGGGCCGCUGAGCUUCAGCCGUUGGUGAUCCUGCACCAUCAGAUAUUACCCGAACAAGCCCUGGCCUCUCCAUCUGGGGCCUGGAAAAGUGACCACUUUGUUGGCCUCUUUGCAGACUAUGCUUCCUUUGCCUUCCACUCCUUUGGGGACCUGGUUGAGAUCUGGAUCACUUUUAGUGACUUGGUAGCAGUGAUGGAGGAUCUUCCCCACCAGGAAUCAAGGUCUUCUCGUGUUCAGGCCGUUGUUGAUGCCCACAGAAAAGCCUAUCAUGUCUACCACGAAAAUUUCGCUUCUCAAGGUGGGAAACUGUCUGUUGUGCUAGGAGCUGAGGACUUCUCUGAGUACUUAACAGGCUCCUCAUGGCAUCAUCUUAUCAAGGACUCCCUCGAUUUCCUUUCUCUUGGUGUGCCCUGUGAUUGCCAACGGGAGGCAGGUCCACCAGAGGAGCUGUGGAAGCUGCAGACCAUGGAUCCCAAAGUGAAAGUUUUCAUCUUUAGCCUAAAACUUCACAACUGUGUUUCCCUGAAGGAGAAAUCAGCUCAACUGUUUAACAUGAUUGAAGCCAUAAAUAAAGACGAAGUACUGACUGUUGGGUUUGAUGUCAGUGAAUUCCUACAGUGUCCUUCCAGUGCCGAGAAAAGUUGGUAUUGUUCCCUAUCUGACAAUCUGGCUGGAGAAACCAAAGAGCAGGAAAGGAGCCCCGAGGCAGCCUUCUCUGUGACACCUACCUCAGCCUACUGGAGAGUUUGGCAGAUGUUUGCUAACCAGUCUGUGGCAGAGAGAGACUCGUUCCUGAAUGACGUUUUCCCGGAAGGUUUUCUCUGGGGUGCUGCCACAGGAGCCUUUAACGUGGAGGGAGCCUGGGCAGAAGACAGAAAAGGAGAAAGUAUCUGGGACAGGUUUGGACACCAGGGCCAUGCUGAGAAUAAAGCAGUGCCUGAUGUGGCCAGUGACAGUUACCACAAGGUGGAGUAUGAUAUCUCUCUCCUGCGUGGCCUCCAGGCUCAGGUCUACAAGUUUUCCAUCUCAUGGUCCAGGAUCUUCCCCACAGGCCACAAGAGCAGCCUCAACCCCAGGGGUGUAGCCUACUAUAACAAGUUGAUUGACAGCUUGCUGGCCUCCCACAUUGAACCAAUGGUGACCUUGUUCCACUGGGACCUACCACAGGCCCUGCAGGAUCAUGGGGGUUGGCAGAAUGAAAGUGUGGUGGAUGCUUUUGUGGACUAUGCCGCUUUUUGCUUUGCCACCUUUGGGAACCGGGUGAAGCUGUGGGUGACCUUUCAUGAGCCUUGGGUGAUAAGCUACGCAGGAUAUGGCACUGGACAGCAUGCCCCAGGCAUCUCUGACCCAGGAGUAGCCUCGUUUAAGGUGGCUCACUCCAUCCUCAAGGCUCACGCCAAGGCUUGGCAUCAUUAUGAUCGCCACCAUCGUGGCCAGCAGCAGGGGCAGGUGGGGAUCGUGCUGAACUCGGACUGGGCCGAGCCCUAUUCUCCAGAGGAGGCAGAGGAUGUGAGGGCUGCCGAGCGCUACCUGCACUCGAUGCUGGGCUGGUUUGCCCACCCUCUCUUUGUGGACGGUGACUACCCUGACACACUGAAGGCCCAAAUCCGGCAGAAAAACAGGCAGUGUGGCAGCUUUGUCGCCCAGAUCCCCAGCUUUACCAAGGAAGAGAAGCUUCUCUUGAAAGGCUCCUCUGACUUUCUCGGCCUGUCACAUUAUACCUCUCGCCUGAUUAGAGAUGCUCAGAAUGACUCUUGUGUCUCAGACUAUGACAAUCUCCGGGGUUUCUCCCAGCACGUGGACCCCACCUGGCCCGAGACCUCGUCCCCUUGGCUUCGAGUGGUGCCCUGGGGUCUCAGGAGACUCUUGCAGUUUGUGUCCCUGGAAUAUACCAAAGGGAACGUUCCAAUCUACCUGGCUGCCAACGGCCUGCCUAUAGAAGAAGGCAGAAAUCUUGAUGACUCUGCAAGAAGUGACUAUUUCAAACUGUAUGUCAAUGAAGUGCUCAAAGCUAUCAAGUUGGACUCUGUGGACGUUCGGUCCUACAUUGUUCGUUCCCUCAUUGAUGGCUUUGAAGGCCCGUCAGGUUUCAACCAAAGAUUUGGGCUCCACUACGUGGAUUUCAAAGAUGGCAGCAGACCUAGAACCCCCAGGAAGUCUGCCUAUUUCUUCUCCAGCCUUUUUGGAAAGAAUGGCUUCCUAACUAAAGAGACAGAUAGACGUUCUCGGCCACUUCUUUAUAGCCCUCCCUCCAAAAUUUCGGUUACUUUGGGACCCUCAGAGGUUCCUUCCCAGGCUAAAGUAGUUUGGGAAAAAUUCUCCAGCCAACCCAAGUUUGAAAGAGAUCUCUUCUACCAUGGAACAUUCCCGGAUGAUUUUGUAUGGGGCGUGUCCACUUCUGCCUAUCAGAUUGAAGGAGGCUGGGAUGCAGAUGGGAAGGGCCCCAGCAUUUGGGAUAACUAUACCCACACACCAGGGAAUGCCGUGACAAACAAUGACAAUGGAGAUGUGGCUUGUGACAGUUACCAUAAAUUGGAGGAGGAUCUUUAUAUGCUGAGAACUUUGAGAGUCAAGGCCUACCGCUUCUCUCUUUCCUGGCCUCGAAUUUUCCCAACAGGGACAAUUGAUUCUGUCAACCCAUUUGGAGUUGACUACUACAACCGGCUCAUUAAUGGCCUGCUGGCUAGCAAUAUCAUUCCCAUGGUGACAUUGUACCACUGGGACCUACCCCAAGCCCUGCAGGAUAUUGGGGGUUGGGAAAACCCUUCCUUGAUUGAGCUGUUUGACAGCUAUGCAGAUUUUUGUUUCAGUACUUUUGGUGAUCGGGUCCAAUUCUGGAUAACAUUUAAUGAACCCGCGUACGUGGCAUGGUUAGGGUAUGGUGAAGGGACAUUUCCACCUAAUGUGAAGGAUCCUGGCUAUACGCCUUAUACAGUAGCCCAUACCCUCAUCAAAGCUCAUGCCCGAGUUUACCAUACAUAUGAUGAGAAGUAUAGACAGAGUCAGAAAGGAGCCAUUUCCCUCAGCCUCAACACAGGAUGGAUGGAACCCAAGUCACCUAACUUAGCAAGAGAUGUUGAGGCAGCUGAUAGGGCUCUGCAGUUUAACUUGGGCUGGUUUGCCCACCCCAUCUUCAAAAACGGAGACUACCCAGAUGCUAUGAAGUGGACAAUAGGAAACAGGAGUGAGCUACAAAAUCUAGCCACUUCUCGCCUCCCCAGCUUCACAGAGGAAGAAAAGAUGUACAUUAGAAACACAGCAGAUGUCUUCUGCCUCAACACUUACUCUUCCAGAAUUGUGGCACACAAAACCUCCCAGCUCAACCCUCCUUCUUAUGAAACCGAUCAGGAGAGAACAGACGAGCAGGAUAGUUCUUGGCCUGCCACGGCGUUCAGUGGAGCGGUGGCCUGGGGGAUGAGAAGGCUCUUGAAUUGGAUCAAAGAAGAAUAUGGUGACAUUCCCAUUUAUGUCACUGAAAAUGGAGCGGGAUUCGAGACAUCUGAAAUCGAAGACACAGAUAGGACGUUUUAUUUCAAAACAUAUAUCAACGAAGCUUUGAAAGCCUACAGCGUGGACGGCGUCAGCCUCCGAGGGUACAUGGCUUGGUCCUUGAUGGAUAAUUUUGAAUGGUUGCAUGGCUACAGUGUCAAGUUUGGACUCCACCAGGUCGAUUUUAAUGACCCUGACAGACCCCGGACUGCGAGAACUUCAGCCAGCUACUACACAGAGGUUAUCAGCAACAACGGCAUGCCGCUGGCCGAAGAGGAUGAGUUUCUGUACGGAGAGUUUCCCGAGGGCUUUGUCUGGAGUGCAGCCUCAGCUGCCUAUCAGAUUGAAGGUGCCUGGAGAGCUGAUGGCAAGGGCCUCAGUAUCUGGGACACAUUUUCCCACACUCCACUGAAUAUUGAGAAUGACGACAAUGGGGACGUUGCCUGUGACAGCUAUAACAAAAUCCAAGAAGAUCUGGUGGCCCUUCAGAAUCUUGGUGUGUCCCACUAUCGCUUCUCCAUCUCCUGGACUCGUGUUCUCCCUGAUGGGACCAUCGGGCAAAUCAAUGAAAAGGGGCUGAACUACUAUGAAAGACUCAUCGAUGCACUAUUGGCAGCCAAUAUUAUACCCCAGGUGACUAUUUACCACUGGGAUCUGCCCCAGGCACUCCAGGAUGUUGGAGGCUGGGAGAAUGAUACAAUAGUCCAAAGGUUUAAGGAGUAUGCCGAUGUGCUGUUCAGCAGGCUGGGAGAAAAGGUGAAGUUUUGGAUCACUAUCAAUGAGCCCUAUGUCAUUGCCUAUUCAGGCUAUGGCUAUGGAGUACAUGCUCCAGGCAUUUCCAUUAGACCAGGCACUGCUCCCUACAUUGUUGGCCAUAACUUAAUAAAGGCUCACGCUGAAGUCUGGCACCUGUAUAAUGAUGUCUACCGAGCCAAGCAAGGGGGACUGAUUUCUAUCACCAUCAGCAGUGACUGGGCAGAGCCCAGAAACCCUUCUAAACAAGAAGAUGUGGAUGCUGCUAGAAGACAUGUUGAGUUUAUGGGAGGCUGGUUUGCACAUCCGAUUUUCAAGAAUGGAGACUACAGUGAAAUCAUGAAGACUCGGGUUGGGGACAGGAGUGCAGCAGAAGGACUCGACAAAUCCAGGUAA